CUUCAACAAGCCUGGGGAGCGCUGUUGAAAGCCUGAAGUUGUCGAUCCUUCAUUGAGCACGAAGAUGACGACGAGGGAGUUUGGGCGCCCCGGAUCGUCGGCUUUUGCUUCACGGCCAAGGCUUGACUUCUUUGACAAACGGAGGUGAUAUGUCGUAAGGACAUGUAGUGUUUCAGCCACGCUGCAGGUAGGGACGUGUUUUACUCCGUCUGAGGGCGUACUGCGAGGGUGGCGUGGCUCCGCACUUAUCAGAUUCGGUUUGAUCCAACCAAACGUGGGCGAGCGCUUUUGAGUGCUAAACGCGCGAUAGAAUAAAUACUACUACGUCAAGAACCUCUCCUACCUCCUCCUGUUGUUUCUUUGUUCGUCGCCUUUUAGGAAAUGAUAACAAAAACCAAGUUAAUCAAGCGACAAGCCUCGAGUGACUGUUUGUGUUUCUCUCGACAUAAGUAGGCUGAAUUUCAGCAAUUGGUUUUUCACAGAUCGGCUGACUCCUAACACCUGCGUUCUGAGCCAAGAAAAAUCGAAAUUGAGUGAAGUUCUUGGCAGCACGCUUGUUCUGUCCCCAAAAAAUGAAUCGUGAUCCGAGUCGUGCGACUGUGGUGUCGUGUAAACUCUUUUCGGUAGAAUUUCGACGAACAGCUGGUCUCGGCUGAUCCAGUCUCAGAAGACGCAGGAGACUGUAGCUAGCGCAAAAGGGUAUCGCUUCCUUCUUGAUUUACUUCAAAAAGAGGUCUUGAUCAUCUUCAUUCAUACUAGAAAAGAGCGAUGGCCGCAGCACCGACGGAGGAUUUAGUGCUACCGCUUGCGGAUGACUGGCACGUGCAUUUGCGACAGGGAGACAUGAGUCGGGUUGUGGUGCCCUUGUUGCGACAAAGCGGCGUGCAGCGCGUUAUCGUAAUGCCAAAUACCAUCCCGCCGGUGAGCAACACGGCCAAGGCGUUAGACUACUACGACGAACUGAGCAAAAUCGAUCCCUCUAUCGAUUAUAAAAUUUUGCUGUACCUCAGCCCCGAACUCACGCCCGAGGAAAUCGAAAAGGCCUUUAAUUGCGUCGUGACGUGCUCGACCACCGGCGAAGCGAAGAAGAUCGUCACCGGUGUGAAGAGCUACCCCCGCGGGGUGACGACCAAUAGCGAUGCGGGCGUGGAAAGUUACGAACAGUAUUACCCGGUGUUCCGGAAGAUGGAGGAGCUGGGGAUGGUGCUGCACCUGCACGGGGAAGUGCCCAACGAGUGCGUCAUGCUGGCGGAAGCCAUGUUUUUAGGCGAGCUUCAGAUCCUCGCCAAGGAGUUUCCCCGCCUGAAAAUCGUGCUGGAGCAUGUUUCGACCCGCGAUGCAGUGGAAACCGUGCUUAGCCUACCAGCCAACGUGUAUCGUGUGGAGAAACGUCCCCACCCCAGAGUUGUGUUGAGGCAAAUGUACAAGAAUGACAGGAGCUGGAACAUUUGUAAUGUGCAUCUCGUCUCCAUGAGAGGCAUUUCCAAAAGUGUUUUGGGAUUUGUAACAUGCUGUAAACAGGAAGAGAAUAUGGCUCUCUCAUGCGCCUUCAUUUUCUAACCACCACUACACUGUGGAUGGAAACUUGUCAUGCACAACUCCGAAAAAGUGAGUGAGCGUCUAGGCUGGUGUAGUCGAUUCCCUAUCAUUUUGACUCUGGGUUGGGGACGUUUUUCCUCCGGAUAACGUGGCCGCCACGGUCACGGCGCACCACCUCGACAUCUGCAUCGACCAAGUGGUUGGCUGCUGCCACAUGUUCUGCAAGCCCAUUCCGAAGCUACCACACGAUCGAAACAAAAUCAGAGAGGUAUUGUGACUGUGCUAAGCUUGAUGAAAGAAUCGUUGCUUCCUCUUUAAUAUUGAUACCCGCCCGAACCGCAUGGAGGUACAUGAGCGUGUGCCUUCGCGAUGGAACGUGAAGAUUGAUACUUGACCGCAAUGGCAAUAUGAUCGCAGGUCGUUUUUAGCGGCAACCCGAAAUUUUUCUUCGGCAGCGACAGUGCGCCGCACCCGAGGUCAAAAAAGGAGGCAGCGGUAGCGGCUGCUGGUGUAUUCACUGGCGGGCUCGUCAUACAAUACUUGGCGGACAUUUUUUCGCAGGCACAGAGGCUUCACCUGCUGCCGGACUUUGUCGGCCGUUUCGGCGCUGAAUUUUUCGGCUUCCCGAAAAACGAAGGGCCAAAAAUGCGGCUGUUUAAGCAGAUCAAUUACGUCCCAGAUACUUUCGGCGACGAUAUCCUAGGGAAGGACCAUGCCGUAGUUCCCUUUCGAGCAGGGGAAAUGCUCGACUACAGGGUUGAAUUACUGUAAGUGACAAAGUGACAAGCAACGACGAAUGCAGCAACAAAUGAAGCAAUUUUUCUCGUUGUUUCGUGUAGAUGAAUGUCCCCGCUGCAGAGCAGUAGCAGAGAUUGAUCCUUGUGCUGGUGUUCCUUCAAAU